AUGCCGGCGUCGGCCAUGGACGUCGACGCGCCCAGGGCCUGGCUCCCCGACGUGCGGCGGCAGCAUCUGGACCUGGACGUCGGGUUCGUCCCCGGCGCGGGAGGGUACGUGCGGGGGCACACCACGAUCGUCUGCAGGCCGCUGCCGACGGAAUCGGGGGACGCCACAACGCUCACGCUGCACGCUCACGAGCUCGUGGUGACGCGCGUGACGGUGAACGACGCGCCCGCGCGCGUGAUCCGACGAGGGAGGACCGCCGUGCGUCCCGACGGGUCCGACGAUCCAUCGGGUGACGACGUCGACGCCCUCGCCGUCGCCGACGCCGGCGCGCUGAGCUCCGGGGCCAACAUCGCGAGGAACGCGUGCGAGGGAAUGCUCGCGGACGCGCGCGCCGUCGCCGACGGCGCGGCGGACGAGCUCGUCAUCGCGCUCGAGGACGGCGGGGUCAUCGCGAGCGGCGGGUCAUCCGAGGAUGUAGUCGUCAGGGUCUGGUACGGCGCGGGCACCGCGAUGAACGCGUUCGGGGUCCAGCCCCCGGACUCGUGGAGGCGCAUCGCGCCGCUCGUGGCGCACCCGCGCCCUCCGCGGGCGGGCGAGGACCCGGGGGGGAACGACCCUACGGGGGGGAACGACGCGGGGGGCGACGGGAACGGCGGCGAGGGAACCGGCGGGAACAAAGUCGCACAGCUGGACGAAGUCGCACAGCUGGACGAAGUCGCACAGCUGGACGAAGUCGCACGAAGCCGCGGGGAGGAGCCCAUCGACGCGUACGCGGGCUGGUGUAACCCCGGGGACGGGGCGUUGUGCGCGUUCGUCGAUUCGGACGAGGGGAACGCGCGGUAUCUGUGCGCGCCGGGCUCCGCGUUGCGUCCCGCGGCGUGGUUCCCGUGCGUCGACGACGGCGGCUCGUUGGUUCACUUUAGCGCCGUCGUUAAGGUCGACCCGGACCUCACCGCGGUUCUCCCGGGGGUGCUCACCAAGACGGACGUCAUCGAGGAGACGAUACGUAGCCCGGACGACGGCGCACCCGCCCGGACGCGGUCGCGACGGGCCUUUCACUACGUCUCCGGGGGGGUGCCGGUGCAGGCGCACCAGAUGGUGUUGGCGGUUGGCACCUUCGCCACGCGAAAGAUCCCGACGUCGACGGCGCACGGGGAUACGUUCGCCGCCGCGGCUCGGGCGGAGGAGGAGGACAAGGAGGAGGAGGCGGCCAAGAACGACGCGGACGGUACUAACGCCAGGUUCCACCAGUACCUGGACAACGCCGCGGAGUCAACCGCGCACAGCUCGACGCACGCGCUUCACUGUCCGCCGUGCUACGCGGAGAACGAGCUUCCCGCGGCGGCUUCGUGCGCCACGUCGGCGCUGAAGUCGUUCGAGACCUACCUGGGCCGACCGUUCCCGUACCCCGGCGGCCUCACCUUCUGCUUCGUUCCCCCCGACGCGCUGCCGGUCUCGAUGGACCUGCGGUUGCCCGCGAUGCUGGGCGCGGGCGUCACGAUUCUCUCGACGGAUAGGCUCGGUCACCCGCUCUCGGCGGCGGACCUCGUCACCUCUCGAACGGCGAUCGCGGAAUGCGCCGCGAGGCAGCUCUUCGGCGGGUUCCUGGAGCCAAGGGAGGACACCGACGCGUGGCUGGCGGAGGGACUGGCCAGUUACAUGGCGGGCGCGUGCUACAUCUCGUCGCUGAUGGGCGCGGAUGAGCUGAAGUAUCAGAGGGCGCGGGAGGUGGAGGCGGUGGUCGAAUGCGACGACGGCGACGCCUUGCCUCCGCUGGCGUCCCCUUCCGCGAGGAUAUGGGCGCGCGGACGGUCCGCGUGCGGCGCCUCCGCGGAAGAGGUGAAGGCGCGGGCCGUCGGGGAGGCGCGCGCGCGAGGGGAGGACCCGGAUGCCGUCGCGGCUCUCGAGCACGCCAGAGACGUCGCCCCGGCGAGCAAGCCGCCGAGGCCUCCCGCGCCAGGCGUCGACACGCUCGUGCGGUGCAAGGCCGUGGCCGUCGUGGAGAUGCUCGAGCGCAAGCUCGGGGAGGAGGGGAUGCAAAAGGUGAUCAGGAAGCUCGCCUCGCUGCAGGGCAAGGCUCCCGGCGCGGAGUCCCUUCAGGAGGCUGCGAUUGCCGCGUCAAAGGCUACCAGGGCGGCUAAGGAAAAAGCUGCGGCGGCGGCGGAGGCGGCGAAGACCGAGGGCGCGGACGAGUCCGCGAACGCCGCCGCGAAGGAGAAGGCCGCCGCGACCGCGCGCGAGCAGCUCCAGCGGGAGCACCAGGAGUCCAUCGCGUACCACGCCCUCGCGGAGUCACCGGCUCGGUUCCUCCGGUCGCGGGUGUUUCUCAACCUGUGCAGGCAAAACGCGACGAUGACGAAGGCGGACAUGUCCGCGUUCAACGCGCGCUGGAUCGAGGGAUGCGGCUGCCCCAGGCUCACCGCCGCGUACACCUUCCGCAAGACCCGGCGACAGGAGCUCCUGUUCGCGAUCAAGCUCGACGGUUGCCUCGCCGCCGCCGCGGCGGACCGGGUGGCGUGGAGCAAAAACCCGAAGGUUUCCGUGACUGUCCGGAUCCAGGAGAACGACCUGCCGCCGUCCGACCACGCCGUCUCCCUCUCCGCGCACGACAGGGCGUACGUGCUCAUGCCCCUGCAGCUCGUCACCAAGCCCAAGGACAGGCGCACCAUCGCGCGCCAACAGGAGGCUGCGAUGAGACGGCAGCAGCAGGCGAUGGAAGCCGGCAAGGCGAACCCGGAUAACCUCGACGCGAUGGCCGCCGCCGAGGUGCUCCAGUGGGAGUGCCCGGUGUCGUGGGUUCGCGUGGACCCCGAGGGGGAGUGGCUUGCCAAGGUGGUCCUGCCCUCGGCGCAGCAAGGUCUGGAAGGGAUGAUCACCAAGCAGCUCAUGUCGGAGCGCCCGGCGGAUCCGGCGGCUCAGAUGUGGGCCAUCCGGUUCUUGCGGGAGCGCGCCGAGAACGGCUCCACCUCGGCGGUUAACGCGCUGUUGCAGUGCGCCGAGGACCCUAAAACGUUCUGCAGGGUCCGCGCCCUCGCCGCGAUGGCGUUGGGCGCCUGCGCGUGCGACGGGACGCAGAGAUCCAACCUCGCGUUGUCGUCGGUGACGAGGACGUACCGCAGGCGUCGAUGCGAUCCACGAACGGGCAAACCUAAACCCACCGACCUCGCCGACUUCGCCGCCGCCAUCGUCGACGAGGGCUUGCUCACCGCGCUGGGCCUACCCCGCGCGCCCCCGGAGUCCACGAGCGGUUGGGAGGACGCGGACGACGCGUGGGUUACCCCGACGGAGUGCGUGGAUUUGCUGGUGGACGCGCUGAACCACACGGAGAGCGACGGGGAUCCGCACGAUUCGUCGUCGCUCAUCGCGACCGCGAUUCACGCGCUCGGCCGGGCCAGGCCCGCCACCCUCGACGGCGUCCGGCGGAUCACGCGGGCGAUCGCCGGGCGCAUGCGCGAGAACGCGACCAUCUGCGGCGUCGGCGGGCGCGCGCACGAGGGCGGCCGGCGGGUCAUGGUCGCGGGGAUGCUCGCGCUUCGGACACUUCUGGAGCGCCUUCCGCCGCUCCCGGAAUCCAUCCGAGCCGCGAACGAGGCGAAGAAGGCCAUCGAAGCGGCGGGCGGCGGCGCGAACGGCCAAGGCGGACCCGGGGUCAGGCGGCGGCGCUCGGCGGUGACGUCCCUCGGUGACGCCGAGGAGAAGGCGCGGCUCUCCGCCGUCGCCGUCGCCGCCGUCGUCUCGGAAUGCGUCGCGACGGCGAGGUCUUUCGUCGCCGAUCGCGUCGGAAUAGACCCGUGUCCGGCCGUGCGACGCGCCGCCGUCGCGCUCCAGUUUGGCAUCGAGGCGUCGCACGGCGGUCCGUGCGGCGUCGCGAGGGCCCUCGCGUUUGCGACGCUCGCGUGCAAAGCCGAACAAAGCGGCGGGGUUCGCGCCGCCAUCCUCUGGGACGCCCGCGACGCCCUGCGUGCGAUGCCGGACGCCCCCGCGCAGCUCGCAGCGCUCACCGGGGGAUCAGGCACCGGCACCGCGAGCGACCCCGACCGCCACGGCUUUGACGUCUUUGAGUGGACCGCCACGUCGCUGCGCAUCGCGUCGCGGCGGGCGGGGGCGGAGACGGCGACGGCGGCGCUCGCGGUGAUGCGCGCCGCGUCCGGGCUCGACGACGAUUACCCCCACGAGCGGGACCUCGCGGACUUAAAAGCUAGGGAGGCGGCGAGGGAGGCUGUCCUCGCGGGCGCCGCGCAGGCUGCAAACGACAUUGAGGACGAGGCGGACGAAGCGGAGCGUUUAGAGCGCCGACGUAAAAAAGAGGAAAAGGCGAAGGCCCGCGCGGAGAAGGAGGAACGAAGGGCGCGGAAGGAGGAGAGACGCGCGAGGCGACGCGCGGCGGAGGCUGCCGCGGCGGCGGAGGCGGCGGCGGAGGCUGCAGCCGCGGGCGGCGGGGUUGGGGACGACGGCGCGGGCGCGUCCGAGAUGAUCACGGACGCGGAUGGGGACGUCACGAUGGGGGGUUUCUCCGACGGCGGGCCCGUGUCCGGUCUCACGGGUGGCGUCACCGGCGUCACGGGCGUCACGGACGACGCGGAGGACAGCGGAGCCGAGGGAGGGGCCGAAGGGAAGAGCGCCGAGCCGCUGUCGCAGGCGACGGGGACACCGUCGCUGGAGACGCCCGUGACGGCUCCGGCGCCCGCGGCUCCGGCUCAUCCGGCGCCCCCUCCCCCUCCCGCUCCCGUUCCCGCUCCGGCGGCUCCGGCUCCGGCUCCGGCACCCGCCCCGGCGGCGGCGGCUCCUCCUCCUCCCGCCGAACCCGCGCAGGUCGUCGGCGUCAAACGCGACCGGGACGAGGCGUUCAACUCCGCGGCGGGAACUCCGAGCUCGGCGGCGGGGGCGGCGGGGGCGGCGGCGGCGGUCACGCCGGCGGAGCAGCCGGCCAAGAAGCCGAGGCUGGUGUUUGCCUUUGGCGCCAAAAAACCCGCGGCUGCCGCGGCGCCCGCGGCGCCCGAGCCCGAGGUCAAGGAGAAGAAGGAGAAGAAGGAGAAGAAAGAUAAGAAGGAGAAGAAGGAGAAGAAGGAGAAGCGAGAAAAGGAGCGAGCGGCGGCGGACGCCGCGCCGUAG